GGCAGCUGUUGUUACAGAUUCUCAGCGAGUAGUGACAUCGUGUUCUAUUUAUUUGAUAUAUUUUAUGGAACGUGCAAGUUGUGUAGUCAAAAACAUACUUUAAAGAAGAGUUGCUCUGUCAUCUCAAAUAUAAGCUCUGAAGUAAUAUGAUUGGUUAAGCGGAUUUUAUUGAAUCUUUAAACUACUGCACAUGAAUUGAAUUUGUUUCGGUCUGUGGUAUGCAUCUUUAGUUUCGGACAAAUUAGCUAUGACAUUAAUAACAACAAUUCUUAAACGUACAAAGAGGUCAGCUACGCCGAACUUGCUGAUUCUGACGGGUGUAGCGCUGAUACUACUAAUAGUUUUGAACGUGAGAACGACAGAUGAGCUGUUACGCCAGAGUUGUAGCCGUUACUAUGGUGAUAUAUCACAGGGCAAGAGAAUAACCAGGAACGAGAAUACAGGCUCCGAGAAACAAUCUACAGUUGUUGAUAGAUUUAUAGAGAGGAAGCAACAUUUAAAAGAUAAAUGCAGCAAUAUAUCUCUUGAUACAUUGGCAUCAGAAGUAGCAGUAAAACAACACUUGAUAAUUGACGAUAAAUAUAGAUUAGUUUAUUGUUCAAUUGAAAAGAACGGAUGUACAUUUUGGAGAAGAGUGUUCCAGAUAUUAAAUGGCUUUAAAAACGUGACGGACCCUUUUAAAACACGCGGGAUGGCUGCAUUUGGAGGUUACAAAACGGCUGAAAAGAUGCCCUUUUACGAAAUAAGUAAAAUCCUAUCAUAUUCUACAAAAUUCAUCUUUGUACGAGAACCUUACGAACGUCUUCUUUCAGGAUACGUUGACAAAUUAUUUUUACCCAACGCGCCAUAUUGGUUUGAAUUAGGAAGAUUUAUAGUAAAGAGCUUUAGACAAAAUGGCGGGUCGUCUGCUUCGAGUUGUGGUGAUGACGUCACGUUCGAAGAAUUUGUCCGGUACUACCUUCACUCUCACAAAACCAAUACUAGAAAGGACGUCCACUUUUCUCACAAUUACGAACAUUGUAGACCAUGUGAAAUUGACUAUGAUUACAUAGCCAAACUGGAAAAUUUCAAAGAGGACACUUUGUUUAUACUGAAAGAAAUGGGACUUGACAACACUAUUCAAAUAAAGAAUUUUGAGAAAGAAACUGAACGUGAUGCCAUAACAGAUGCAAUUGAUUGGGGAUUUGAUGUUUAUGAAAGAGUCGACGAAUGCAUAACGAAAUAUAAGACACUCCUAAGGAUUUACAAAAAGUUGCAAAUACGAGGAAUAAUCAGUAAAGAUGUUCCGUUUCCUUUUUCAAAUACGUCAGUAGAGACAGUUCAUAUCGAUGAAUACAAAGAAGCCUUACUCAAUGCACAUGCGCAGUCCGGGACACGAGAAAAGAGAAAGUUAAACAGAAAAGAAGCAUUUCUCGAGGCCUACUCUACCCUACCAUAUGAACUGCGUACCGAAUUGAGAAAAGAGUUGAGUGCCGAUGCAGAACUUUUUGGCUAUGAGACAUAUUCUGAAAAUAUCAAAAUCGCAGAAUCAUAUGUACCGAAAUUCCGAUACUUUGACAUAUACUAAAGGUUUUAACAAAAUGAUGAAGUAUGACGGAAUAACUGAGGAAAAUACACUUGUCAUUUUGAGAAGAACACCAACAAGAUUUCAGUUUCAGCUAUUUGGGACAUUGCCUUUUAAAAAAAAAAAUUAAGAUGCUCACAAAUUUGUCUUGAUAUUUUAUAUAUUGAAUAGUUUUGUCGCAAUUCUUGUAGUAACUGAAUAAAUAGUAAAACGGCUUAUGCUGUCGCGAUAUCGGAUGACUUUCAUAAAAGUACAACAUUGGUUUUUAGUUUUUUUAUAUAAACCAGUCUAUAAACGUUAUAUUAAACGAAAAAAGGUGUUUUUGAUAUUCUAUUAAAAUAUCGUUCAUUAUAUACUUUUAGGCUGGUGAUAAUCAACGACAAGAUUGCAUUCAGUACUGAAAUUACGACUUCAAUUGUUAACUACACAAAGGCUGUAGCAUAAAGAGUUCGAUCAUAUAAAUGUUAUCUUUCAAGCCAAUACAAAUAAUUUAGUUCAUGAUUUUGUCAAAUGUUAGAACAAAAUCAUUUUCUAGAAAUAAAACUAAGUCGACUUA